UGUUUGAUUACGUCGGUGCGGAUGUUUUUGCGUAUCGGAAGGGCGGACGGAGGUGAUUUUCCACUGAGCUGGCGAAGGCUUUUCCAUCGCAGCCGACGUGGGCGGAGAGAACUGAGCAGAACAUGUCAGAGCUAGAGAGUGCCAUGAUCGCCAUCAUCCAUGUGUUCCAUAAAUACUCGGGCCACAAGUGCAAGUUGAAGAAGGCAGAGCUCAAAGAUCUUGUCAAUAAUGAGAUGAGUCACUUCAUAAUUAAUAUCCAAGAGAAAGAGACUCUGGAUGAGCUGUUUGCAGACCUGGACCAGAACGGAGACCUGGAGAUCGACUUCCAAGAGUUUAUCGCUCUGAUCGCCAUGGUGACAUCAACGUGCCAUGAUCUCUUCAGCACGGAUCACCGCCGUUAGUGACACAAUGUAAAGGGGAAGACUUCAGCGAGUGUCUAUGGCGUUCCAUAAAUUCCAGGGUCCUCUUCCAGGCGUCCUCUUGGGCGGCAGCGUGGGGUGCCAGGUGCCCUCCCCAGAGAGUGAUCACUAUAUGGAAAAAC